UCCAACUCCAUUCUUACUAAUUCUUUUCGACAGACACUUGAGAUAACAAAUCAGUACUUAUACCGUGUACGCCGCUAUUCACAAUUUAAAUUAAUGAUAAUAAACUGAAAUCGCUCACAAAAUAUCGAUUAAAGUCCGUGUGUCGCCGAUUGAUUAGAUAAUAUUAAACAAAACUCACCAGCAAUAGUAAUUGGACACCUAAUUUUGAGUAAGUGACGUAAUUUUCGCUAUUAUCAACAAUGAUUGAGCCAAAAUUCCAAUGUAGUUAAGUUAUUCGUGAGUGAGUGAGUCUCCCGUAUCCAUUACGCAAUUUAUUUACAUUUUAACCGGUAUUAUUCUAGAAAGGCACAAUGGUCAACUGGGGAAUGAUUGGGGCCAUAAUAACGCCCAAUGUUGGCGGUUGGGUUGGCGCGCUCACGAUGAGUGGCAAGGUCAAACAGCCUGAUGGGAAAGCGUGGUACCAGACGUUGAAGAAGCCAUCUUGGACUCCACCGUCAUGGCUCUUUGGCCCUGCUUGGACAGCACUAUACAGCGGCAUGGGUUACGCUUCGUACCUCGUCUAUACCGAGUGUGGCGGUUUCACAGAUGAUGCUGUUGUUCCACUGGCGUUGUACGGUGGUCAACUGCUCCUCAACUGGAGCUGGACACCUGUGUUCUUCGGAAAACAAAAAAUGGGACUGGGUCUCGCCAACAUGCUAGCACUGGACGCCGCAGCAGCAGCUUGCACGUACAGCUUCUACAACGUCGACCCGACCACCGCCUACUUUAUGGUGCCUUACCUCGGCUGGCUGUCAUUCGCGACCUGCCUCAACUACUCAAUAUGGCAGCGCAACAAACCGAAACCCAAAAUAAAUACCAAAACGGACCUCAACAAUUCCACUAUUUUAGAUUACGACGACAAAUCCUAAAGGUUUACGACAAAUAGCAGCUCCGGAAAAUGCAUUUUUAAGUACAAGUUAAUAAGAACUAGGCUAAAUCUAUCAUUUAUUCCUAUUGAGACACGUAGAAAAGACAGCUCUGUAAAGUUUUUUUUCACUAACUAUAACAUUGCUUUAGUAAAGUUGAUGGCGCCGUUGGGUUCACACACAUUACCAAUACGAAUAUCUGUCGGUCAGUCUUUUACUAAUUUAUAAAUAGCACAAGAGCAGCUGUGUAAUAGGAGUAGGAUAAGAGUAGUAUACCUAUGGAAAACAACAAGCAAGAAACCGAGAUUAUUCGUUCAAUCAAGGCUGUUGUUUUAGCGUUGACUAGAUGGCGCUGAUGUAGCUUUAAGUCCACCCUCUCUAUCUGACUUAAAGUUACAGCCUAACCAAUAGCAUUUCAUUUUCCAAUAAUCUAUUGUACGAGAGACCACCUAGAGCCGCUCAAAUCAAAUACAAGCCCAAUAAAUAGACUUGAUAAUCAAUUUAAAUCAUUACAUAUGAAGUACCUGUUAAGUUUACUGCCAAAUAUACCUCAAAUACAGUAAGAAAAUAAAAUGAC